AUGGCGGAUGUGAAGGAGAUCAAGAUCUUGCAGCCCGAUGACUUCCAUCACCACUUUCGGGAUGAGCCGUAUCUGGAGCACACAGUCCCUCAUGCUGCAGCCGCAUUCUGUCGGGUGCUGGUGAUGCCCAACCUCGUGCCGCCCGUCACGACCACUGCGGCGGCACUUGCUUACCGUGAGCGUAUCCUACUUCGUGUUCCCGCGAAUGUCAAGAAGGAGGACUUUAUUCCCUUGAUGACGCUGUACUUGACGGACAACACCACACCUGAAGAGAUACUGACAGCAAAGCAGAGUGGGCACGUAUAUGCUGUGAAGCUCUACCCUGCGGGUGCGACCACAAACUCAGACUAUGGGGUUACUGACUACGAGAAGAUCAUGCCGGCACUGCAGAAGAUGGAGGAGCUGGGUAUCCUGCUCCUGGUGCAUGGCGAGUCCACAGACCAAUCCGUUGAUGUCUUUGAGCGCGAGCAAAGCUUUUACGAGACGGUGAUGCCCAUGAUCCUCAGUCGCUGUCCGAAUCUUCGGUGUGUGUGUGAGCACAUCACAUCGGCCGCGGGUGCAAGCUUUGUGGAAAAAGCUGGGCCCAAUGUGGCGGCUACCAUAACUGCGCAUCACCUGUGCCACAACCGCAAUGCGCUGUUCAAGGGUGGGAUCAACCCACACUACUACUGCCUGCCCAUCCUGAAAACCGAGCCUGACAGACAGAAGUUGCUGAAAUGCGCCGUCGACAAUCCAAAGUUCUUCUUGGGAACGGACUCUGCACCGCACUCCUUGGACAAGAAGGAGUGCGCCUGCGGCUGUGCGGGGUGCUUUACGGCACACAUGAGCAUCGAGCUGGUCGUCGAGGCUUUCGAGGCCAUUGGAAGGCUAGAUGCGCUGGAGGACUUCGUGUCCAAGCGCGGCGCGGCUUUCUAUGGCUUGCCAGCAGCAUCUGGCACUCGCGUCCUCGUGAGGGAGCCGUGGAAGGUGCCGGAGAACUAUCCAUUUGGAGACAAGUCUGUGCGGCCGCUGCGUGCGGGUGAAACGGCAGCUUGGAAGCUGCGGCCGAGACUUUGA